AACAGUCAUCUUGUUUUCCAGGAUGCCAACCCGGGGACUGACUCGCACACUGAUAACUGUCAACAAACAAACGUUGUUCAAUAUGCCUCGGUUCCAGAUGGUUUUUCUGACUUGCAGAAUAUCGAUACGAGAAUUAAAGCUAUUGAAAAAGCAGUGCUGGAAAUGGAAAAGCUUGCAACGAUGGAAAGUUUAAAUCUCAAUUCCAAACUAGAGACUGCUACGAGGCAGAUUGAAGAGUUAAGAUGUGGUAGCAGCUCACGUCGAGAAAGCGUUAGAGCAAAAAGGCAUGUGAAUGAUAAAUAAGUUGAACUUGCAGAGGGACUCGGUAACAGUGUAAAAACGCCGAGGGCAACUCCUGAGAUCACUGAAGAGGACAAUGGGAUGAUGACAAAGGACAUUAUGCUUGACCGGAUAUCUGAGUGCUCAUCCCAUGGGUUAAGCCGGAGAGAACCUGCCGAGGUUGAUGAUCAAAUUCUUGAGUUGUGGGAAGGCAGUGACUGUGAUGGUAAUGUCGACUUGAAUGUUGAUAAAGUGAAGGCACACAAGGGCAAUCACCCCUCUACAAAAUCUCUUGUCAAGGAGUUGAGUGUAGACAAAGAGAAAUCUAAGAGAUUUACCGAGCCAGACCAAGAAAGAAACAAGAGGAAGAUUUUAGAAAGACUUGAUUCUGAUGCUCAAAAGUUGGCUAAUCUUCAAAUAACCGUGAAGGAUUUGAAGAAGAAGGUAGAGAUAACCGGGAAGGGCCACAAAGGUAAAGGAAUUGAAUAUGGCACGGUAAAAGAGCAGCUAGAAGAAGCUGAGGAAGCCAUCACAAAACUAUUCGAUGUUAAUCAAAAAUUGAUAACGCAAGCUGGAGACGGUUCAUGGUCCCAUCUUGAUGGGAAAUCUGCAUUAGAAUUGGAUGAGAGUGGGAGUUUUGGGAGGCAGAGAAUAUCCGAACAAGCUCGAAAAGGGUCUGAAAAGAUAGAGAGGUUGCAGUUGGAGCCUUUGAGGUGCAGAAAAUACAGUUUCUCUUUCUGA